AUGGAGAUCGAUUUGGGAGCCAACUCGUUCGGUAUCGACUUCCAUCCAUCGAAGAAUCUAGUCGCUGCUGGUCUCAUCGAUGGCCGCUUGCAUCUUUACCGAUACGAAGCAGAUUCUUCUUCAAUUGUCAGGGAGCGUAAAGUUCGUGCCCAUACGGAGUCUUGCAGAGCUGUUCGAUUCAUUGACGAUGGCCAAAGAAUCGUCACAGCUUCAGCUGAUCGCUCAAUUCUAGCUUCUGAAGUGGAAACUGGUGCUAUUGUUGCUCGUCUUGACAAUGCUCACGAUGAUGCUGUUAAUACUUUGAUAACUGUGACUGAGACAACCAUCGCUUCAGGGGAUGAUAAAGGCUGCGUUAAGAUUUGGGAUACGAGACAGCGGUCUUGCUCUCACGAGUUUAAUGUACACGAGGAUUACAUUUCUGACAUGACCUUUCAGUCCAGUUCAAUGAAGCUAGUUGCAACAAGUGGAGAUGGGACUCUAUCUGUCUGUAAUCUCAGAACGAACAAGGUCCAAUCUCAGUCUGAGUUUUCUGAAGACGAACUACUUUCUGUUGUUAUAAUGAAGAACGGCCGUAAAGUUGUCUGUGGAACUCAGGAUGGUACACUCAUGUUGUAUUCAUGGGGAUUUUUCAAGGAUUGCAGCGAUCGGUUUAUUGAUCAUGCUCCGAACUCAGUUGAUACUCUAUUAAAGCUUGAUGAGGACAGAGUUAUCACUGGAUGUGAUAAUGGAAUACUUAGCCUCGUUGGAAUACUGCCAAACAGAAUCAUACAGCCAAUUGGGUCUCACGAGUUUCCUAUCGAAGAUCUUGCUCUCUCGCAUGAUAAGAGGUUUCUCGGUAGCACGGCUCAUGACAAUAUGCUGAAGUUGUGGGACCUAGAAGCGAUUAUACAAGGUUCUAGUGGCAACUUGGGAAACGCACCUGUACCUGCAGCAGACAAAGACAGUGACAGUGACGACGACAAUGAUGAGAUGGACCUUGACGAUGAUAGUCCUCCAAAGCCUUCCAAAGGUUCUACUAAUAGGAAAACAAAAAGUAAACCAGAUCGGGUGGACACUUCAACUAGUUUCUUUGCAGACUUGUAG